AUGCCGCCCUUGACAGUCCAUAGUCACCUCUUCCCACGAGAGAGCGUUCAGCUCGGACGCCUUGUCACGACUAUCAAAUCGCCUCAGAACUCCUAUUAUCCCGCUGGCAAACAACAAUUCCAAGAGGGAGAUAUUUAUUCUGUUGUCAACAAAGAUUUCUAUGAUCUAAGGCAGAAAAAUAAAGAUUCAAAGCUCCAGGCAGUUCUCACCUCGGUUGCCUCGCUUCUAUUUCAGACUGAGGAGCACCUUGACACAAAGAUUCAAGAUACAAUUUGCCUUACAUACUUCCUGGACAAUGCCGACACAAAGUUCAGAGAGAUGUGCAAAGAUAAGGUGGCCAGAGAAUGGUUUGAGGAUGCAUUCAAGAAACGAAGGCAUGUGUACAUGGUAACGGCCAUCCAGACAUUAAUAGAUGCGAAAAUGAGCCUAGACAGCGGCACAACUGGUGCAGUGGAAGCUGAGGUCAAGAUUCCAGUAUCAAAGGUCUUGGGCGAGCCAACAGGAGCGGCAACUCUUGAUCCGAAGCUAGUGGCGCAAUAUAGAGAAAAGAAGCAUAGGGAAACUGGUUUUGUCGGACAGGGUGAGCAGAUCUACGCAAUUCAGUACCGAAAGGUCAAGUGGCAACUGUUCUCAUCUCGGGAUAUGGAAAUGUCUUUUCUAGAAGAGGGAAAUAGAUGGCAGGUGAUGUGGAAGACGAUGGGUGCUGAGAAGAGUACCCGAGAUGUUCUUGAGACUACGUUAGAAGAUGACGAGACACCACCAGACCAAAAGAGUGGUGUCUCAGCUUGUGAAGUUGAGGGAUAUGGGACCAUCUACUAUGUAUAA